AUGCCAAGAAGCGCCUCACCUUCUGUGAGAGGCCGAUUCCCUCCAAUGAACGUUUCUCAGCGGGCCACAGAUCAGUUUUACAAUUCAGAUCUCUAUCUUGGCUUGGUGUUCUUCAUAGUGUUGAUGAGCACCACAAUGUAUACAGCAUAUGCGCUCGGGAAUUGUUGGAAUAUUUUACGCAACAACUGGUCAAUCUACAAGGUACACUGCCGCAAGCCGUACCCAUCUAUCGGCUAUCGAGCAAUAGGUCCUAAAUGCAGAAAAUUUGUCUCCUUUAUCAUCGAUGUCAACCAGUUCGGAGUGUCGACCGUAUUUGUGCUCUUGUCGUCGAAAACAAUUCACGACAUGGUCAAGACGUUAACCAGUACGGAUAUCAGCUACUGUUUUGUUGUUCUUAUAGUAGCGGUUUGCCUUCUACCAGUUACCUGGCUCAAAUCUCCCCAGGAUUUCUGGUUAGCUGUUAUGGUGGCAAUGCUCACUGUCUUCAUCGCAAUCAUACUUGUCUUUGUUGGAAUCGCUCUCGACUAUGGGUUAUGUUCACCUUAUACAGAUGUGCCGCCAAUUACUGCGAAGAAUCUAUUCCUCUCCUUGGGUACGAUAAUGUUUGCCUGUGGUGGCCAUGCCGCCUUCCCGACGGUUCAGCAUGAUAUGAGGGAUCCAGGAGAAUACACUAAAUCCGUUGUUAGUGCUUUUAUUGCGCUUUUCUCACUAUACGGCCCCGUUGCCAUCUUCGGCUAUCUAGCCUAUCACGGCGCUGUGAGAGACUCAAUUCUACCAUCGGUUCAGGCCGAGUGGAUUCAACAUACAUGUAAUGCCCUUAUAACCAUACAUUGUAUUCUGACGGUAACCAUCAUUAUUAGUCCACUGAAUCAGGAUCUCGAGGAUCUAUUCCACUGUCCACACUAUUUCGGCUGGCAACGAGCACUAAUUCGAUCGGCAACCAUGUUGGGCAUUGUGAUCGUCUGUGAGAGCAUUCCAAAUUUUGGCCCAAUCUUGGACCUUAUCGGUGGCUCCACAAUGACUUUGGCAUCUGUCAUCCUGCCAUGUGUAUUUUAUCUUUAUUUACUCGCCAGAGAAGAAAAGGCAAAGAAGUUCGGUAAAGUUGAUGCACCACCGAGCUUCACAGAUGUUCUCAAAUAUGCUCCGCGAAUAACUAUAGCCAUAUGUUUCGGUAUAAUAGGAGACAAAAGGCCUCCAGAUGUGAUCCAUAAUUCCGUCCUGGCUCACAAAUCCGUGUUGGGAUGUAUGUAUGAUCACAUGUCAUUAUCACGCACUCUGCUUGGCCUCAUCGGAGGAGCAGCCGCUACCUUUUCGGCAAUUAUGGAACUGUCAACAACUAGCUUUCAAAUGCCUUGCUACGUCAAUAUCUUUAUUCAUGAG